UCACCGUCAAGAGGAGAGGCAGCUUCGGCUCUACAUGUAAAGUUGAAAUUUAUUGACACCAUGGCCUCAUCUGAUGAUGAUACCAUAGAGACUGCAGCCCUGGGAAGACCAUUCCAGCUUGGCACACUGUAUGACUGCCGGAAGGAUGUUCUUGUUCCAGGUGUAACUCUGUGGGAUCCAGAUCAGCUACAAAAGAAUACAAGUGUAACACGUCAACAUAACACUGAAUUCAAUGUCACCGCAUCAGAUUCCAUUGAGGAGAAGUCAAAUUUAUUAAACAUCUCUGGCUCUCUGAAGUUGAGUCUCUUGGGAGGACUGGUGAAUGUGGGAGGAUCGGCAAAAUAUUUCCAAGACACAAAGAAAUCUCACAAACAAGCCAGGAUUACUCUUCAGUACAAAACGACAGCAAAGUAUGAAACAUUAACAAUGUCUCACCUGGCACAUGGACAGGUAUCUCAUCCCAAUGUGUUUGUGGAUGACACUGCCACUCAUGUUGUCACAGCCAUCUUGUACGGAGCUGGUGCUUACUUUGUGUUUGACAGAGAAUCAUCCUCAGAGGACGAUAAGAAACAAGUGGAGGGGGAAGCGAACCUCACCCUCAAUAAGCUGAAAUUCCUCACAGCAAAAGGUGAGGGAUCACUCAUCAUGAAUGAAGAAGAGAAAGUAGCAGUUGAAAGAUUUAGCUGCACAUUUCAUGGAGACUUCAAGUUACCUUCCAACCCAACGUCCUUCAACGAGGCUGUGAGUGUUUACAGAAACCUUCCCAACAUGCUGGGAGAGAAUGGAGAACAUGCUGUUCCACUCAGGGUGUGGCUCUACCCUCUGGUGAGGUUGGAUUCAAGAGCAGCAAGACUCCAAAGAGACAUCAGCAAUGAUCUCAUCACAUACUCAUCAGAAACAAUCGAGAGUCUAAACCAGACAGAGAUGAGAUGCAGUGAUGUACUCAAAGACACCGCAGCAACAACAUUUCCUGCCGUGGAAAAGAAGGUUCAGGAUUUGAUGCAGAUGGUCAAACGGUACAAGCUUGACUUCAUGCAGAAGCUUGGUAAAGUGCUUCCUUCAAUCCGAGGGGGUGGGAAAGAGGAGAGUGCCCUGGAGGACAUCCUUAAGGCACAUGAGAAGUCACCAUUCAAUAACAAAGACCUGAAUCAGUGGCUAAAAACCAAGGGGAGGGAAUCAGAUACACUGAAGUCCUUCCUUGAACAACUGGAGAAACUAGGUAUAAAAAUGGAUGACAAUUUGGAUGACCUCUUGUCUGAUUUAAAUGUCAGAAAUAUUGUGUGCUUUUCCUUUACCUCAGUAGACCAGCCUGACAGUUUCUUGGUCAAACUGUCAAAGCAUCUCAGACCAUCAGGAAUGAUGGACACUGCUGGAGAAUCCUCUGAUCUACAGAGCAGAAGCACAGAGUGGCUCUCCACUGAUACCAGACAGACAAUGAGGAAACAACUACAAUUGUUUGAAGAACUGAAGAAGUUGAGCAGCAGUGCUGACACCAAAUUCAUAUUUGCAUCAAAAUAUGAUGGAAGUCAUCCUGGGGCAUGUAUUUUCAUAUAUGAAGAAGGGUCUGACGAUGCAGUCUGCUUUGUUCCUCCAUCAAAACCUGGCACCCCAACAGCUACUGCUGUGUCACAUGACAGCAUAACAGUUAAAGUGUCUGAACCAGCCUCUGCCACUGUAGAAACCAGAGUAGAAUACAGAAUCAAAAAGAGAGAGGACACACGGUGGGCAUCUCGACCACUGAAGAAGAACCAAGAUGCAGUAACUCUGUCAGGACUCAAUUCAGACACAGAGUAUGAGAUCAGAGCCACAGCUGUGGGCAAACUCAGCUACGCUGUCAGCAGUGAUGUCUGCAGUGCUGUAACCCUCACAGCGGCUGGUCCACCAACUCAGGUAAAAGACACUGAAGUGAAAGCAAACUCUGUCACUCUGACAUGGAGCGUCCCGUCUGUCCAACAGUGUGAAUCGGUUAAAGGAUACAUCAUUGAGUUCAAGGAGGAAAACAGCAAUGAAUGGCAGAGCAAAGACACCGGGAAGGAGGUGUACACCUUCACUCUGAAAGGCCUGAAACAGGAUACGGUCUACUCCAUCAGGAUGCGCACAGAUGUUGGUGUUGGAGUCAGUCUGCCCAGUGAGGAAUUCAAGAUUAAAACUAAGAAAAAAACACUGGAUAAAAAGGAGUUCACUUUGCUCCCAGGUGAUCCACCAGUCUAUCUACUUAAUCUGAAACCAGCAGGAGUUCGUCAGUUGAACAAAAAGGUUUUUGGAAAGGCACCAACCAAAAACCCAGCAAACAAAACCAUCAUGGUUGUUGGUGCUACUGGAUCUGGCAAGACCACCCUCAUCAACGGCAUGAUCAACUACAUCCUAGGAGUCGACUGGAAGGACAGCUAUAGACUUAAACUGAUAAAUGAAGAAACUCAGAAAACACAAGCGUGCAGUCAGACCUCUGAGGUGACAGCCUAUCAGAUUUACCACACAGAUGGUUUCCAAGUUCCUUACUCCCUCACAAUCAUCGACACUCCAGGGUUUGGAGACACAAGAGGAAUCAAACAAGACGAAAAAAUCAAAGAAAAAAUCAGAGAGUUUUUCUCCGUCAAGGGUGGAAUUGAUAGCAUUGACGCAAUUUGCUUCGUAGUGCAGUCUGCUUUAGCUCGUCUGACACACACACAGACAUACAUCUUUGGUGCCAUCCUCUCCAUUUUCGGGAAGGACAUUGCCAGCAACAUCGUUGCUCUGGUCACCUUUGCUGAUGGCAAAUCACCCCCAGUCCUGGAGGCGAUCAAAGCUGCAGAGAUUCCAUGUGCCACAAACCCAGAUGGAUCUAUUCUCCAUUUCAAAUUCAACAACUCUGUGCUUUUUGCCAAAAAUACAGAAGCCAACACUGAUGAGGACAACUUUGAUCACAUGUUCUGGAAAAUGGGGGAAAUCAGCAUGAAGAAAUUCUUCAAUCAUCUAAACUGCAUGGAAACCCAGAGUCUGACCCUGACAAAGGAGGUUCUCCAAGAACGCAAACAGCUUGAGGCAAUUGUUGAGGGGGUGCAGCCAAUGAUACGAAAAGGUUUGUCUAAACUGGAGGAAAUAAACAACACAAAAGCUGCACUACAAAACCACGAGACCCACAUGAAGGAGAAUAAGGACUUUGAAUAUAAAGUAGAGGUUGACAAAUCUGAGAAGAUUGAUAUUCCUUCAGGAAAAUUCAUCACCAACUGCCUUGGGUGCAACUAUACCUGCCAUUAUCCUUGUCAGAUACCAAAAGAUGAGAAUAAAAGAGGGUGUGCUGCAAUGAAAAAUGGAAACUGCACAGUGUGUCCAGGAAAAUGUGUGUGGAGUGACCAUUUCAACAUGACGUACCGAUGGGAUAUAAAACGUGCAACAGAGAAGAGGACAUAUCAGGAACUGAAGAGGAAAUAUGAGGCAGCGCUGGGAGAGAAGAUGAACUCAGAGAAAAUCAUUAAACACCUGGAAGUAGAAUAUGAGCAGGUGUACUUGCAAGUUACAAAAAUGAUGGAAACGUUAACUAAAAGCCUGCAGCGUCUGAGAGAGAUUGCACUACGUCCAGAUCCUUUGUCCACUCCAGAUUACAUUGAUCUGCUGAUACAAACAGAGGAACAGGAGGCCAGACCUGGAUUUAUGCAGCGUAUUAAAGAGUUACGGAGUGUAAGAGAACGGGCAGUUCUUUUGACGAAGUUGAACAAGGGAGAGUACCUCACCGGAAAAGAAAAGUCGACAUGGGAGAAGAUGAGGUCCACUGUCAAGGGAAUAUUCAACAAUCCACGCAGUUGGUUUCAAUAAUUGAAGUGCCCUCUGCACAGAGCGCGUUAAACUGUCAACAGUAUACAGAGUUCAUCAGUACGGAAGCUGUGUUAAAGGAAAAUAUAUUUAUAUGUUAUUAUAUCAUUAUUAGGAAUAAUAUUCAAUAGCAUCACUCUUAUUCACUGUAGUGUCACAAAAAUCAAUCCAACCACUAGGGGUCUCCUAUAAGAUUGUAUUAUAAUUAUUAUGAUUAUUGUAAUUAGGAAAAAGCACAUUACUCCACAUUAAGUGUUGUAGUAUAACCAUCAGGUGAGCAUUGAUACGUGACGAUCUUUGUGUCACCACAGUGCAUAAGUUAUUGAACAUUAAGUAAUAUAUCUGUUUUCAGUAUUGCACUUUGUCGAAAUAAGAGUAGUAAGCAGUCAUUCUCUAUGAACAACCCUGUUAGCGAUGCUUGCUAAUAAGAUAAGUCUCAAAGUGCUUUAAUCAUUAUGAGUUUCAUCACAUGACCAUUUCAUUUUCACUUGGAUUUAUGUGUUAAUUCGAAGAUAAAUAUAAAACAGCAAUGAAACAUUCCUGAUGAUGAACUUUUCAUAAUCUUUUCCAGUUUCAUUAUUACAUUUUUAGAUUUUACUUUUCAUUCAUUAACUACUAACAAACUUUGACCAUGCAUUUUAUCUCCUAAAUCUUAAUGCUGUAAUUACACAAAUAAUAAAUAAUCAUAAUCAUAACUUUAUGAAUAUAGCACCUUUAAAGAUAGAGUGUUUUGACAAUCAAAGUAAAAGCGAUAAUAGGCAAGAGGCUCAAAAGGCAAUAUAAAAACAGAAGUUAAAGAGGGAGACAUACAAUAUACUUCAUUUUAAAUAAGAACAUGAUGUGAUGUCGUCUGUUAAAGCCUGAAGCCUAUAGUUGUGUAUGUUUUUUUUGUUUUUUUUAUUGUGUAAGAUAAUGAACAGGAUGUCGGUGUUUUUGCUCCUUUGUCGUCAAUUUGUCAUUUAAUAAAUUCUCAGUGGGAAGAACAUGUGACCCCCACAGUCUUACCAGUUAAGAACCUGUCUGUAACAUGAGAGGUGGCUCAUCAUCACUUCAUUUAACCAAGCUAUUCUUCAAAUCAGAACAAUUAUAUGGUUGUAAUUAUGCUUUUGUCAAAUCAUAUUUCAAUCCUGUGAUCAAUAUUUCACUGCUUUUAUUAAUUAUACUUGUUCUUAAAGUUUUGCUCUAAUUGUACUUUGAACUUUUGCCGUCGCUCCAAACGUUUUAUUGCAUCACACGUCAGUGUCAAGAUAGAGUUUGUUUUUUCUUCUUUAAUUUUCAUUUUAUGGAAGUUGUGUUCGUUUAAAUGACAUUUUAAAACAGAAUUAGAGCAGCUUCUGUUGAACCUGAACGUUUGUUUAAAUCAAUUCUUUGUGGGGUUUUGCUUUAAUUUCAUAAUUCAAUUUUAAAGAGAGUCGAAGUGACUAAUAAUUUUUUUGGGGUGUUUUUUUAUUUUUUAUUGUCUUUUACUUUGUGCAAACAUUCACACACAGAGAGAGAUUAGUGUUGAGAUAAAACUCUGUGACUUGCACUGCUGGACUUAAUGUAAUCAUAUGAUUUCUGCUGAAUAAAAAUGACUAGCCACAGAACUUGA